AUGGCCGUGGAUCUUAGCCCUCUACCUAAGACGACGGAGUCUCAAGUAGACUUCGGAGCCGAACUAAGCGGAUUGAAUAUCGAGGACCUGAGUGAUUCCGACUUCAUCAUCCUCCGCAAAUGCCUCUACGAAAACCAAGUAGUAGUGAUAAAAGACCAAAAAAACCUCACCCCACGCGCCCAAUACGAACUCACCCGACGCUUCGACCCAUCCGCCGGCCUCUACAGCCACGGCAAAUCCAUCGACAAGCGCAGCGUCCUACACGCAGAUUUAACUACAAUCCCCAACCAGCCUCAAGUGCAGGUCAUUGGAAGUGGCCAAGUCGCCGAAUACGAAGGCCUAUCCAACCUAAACCUGAAACAUCCCCACCACAAAGCAUUCCACAAGAAACCGAUCCCACCUGCCGAAGAUGCCGACUUCACACAUUUCUAUCGCUGGCAUAUCGACUCGGCCAUGUAUAAUCUCGACCCCCCAUUGGUAACCUCCUUGCUAGCGGUACAAGUCCCCAGUGAUCGCCGCCAAACACUUCGCUACGAUGACGAAACAGAUACAACCCUCGACGUCCCGCUCGGAACAACGGCUUUCUUCAGCGGCUAUCGUCUUUACGAAUUGCUCACAGAGGAAGAGAAGCACUUUGUCCGCACCAGCAAAGUCGAGUACGCACCACACCCCUACAUCUGGAUGAGCAAGGCGAAAUCCCGCUCCAACGGCCUGGGCAUAAUCUCCGAAGGACUCGAACUGUCCGAGAACGAAUUACCACCCUUCGAAGAAUCGAAGAUAAAGACGUAUCCAAUGGCGUGGAAGAAUCCCAUCACGAACAAACUGGCAAUGAUGGUGUACCCGACCUGUGUGCGGAAAAUUCAUCUCGAGAAUGGGGACGUUCUGGACGAUCUGGCUGAGAUUCGAGAGCGGCUUUACGGACUGCAGAGAAGGGCGAUUGAGCCGCAGCUUGUUUAUGCACAUGAUUGGAAGGAGGGGGAUUUGGUGCUUUUUAAUAAUCAUGGCUUGAUGCAUUCUAUUGUGGGGUCGUUUAAGGAAGAUGAAGUUCGUCUUUUUAGACAGUGUAAUAUGGCGGCUAGUCGGCCUCCGUUGGGUCCGGGGGAUAAUUUGCCUGAGGCUGAAUGA